CUAUUGUCUUGUAUAUAUUGUACUGUUAUUGGUUUACAAUUAAUCAAUGAGGAAGUCUCUUUCUGAUUCACUGCUUCUCAACCCUUUAGUGGUAUCAGAGCUUUCAAACUCUCAUGAGUUCUCGAUUCCCAUGGCCUUCAAUGAUGAAGCCCCACACUCUGCAGCCUCUAAACACUCAGUAAUGACUAUCAUUAACUCCAACACCACCAAAAAUCCCAUCUUAUUCAACUCCUCUACCUUUCUGCAUGAUGGCUGCUUUGUUUCAGAAUACCUCCGAGCUCCUAAAAUGGUGGCUGAUGAACUUGGAAUGGUAGACUAUCCUCUCACAGAUGAUGAUCUCACUGUGUAUAUCCUGAAUGGCUUAAGACCAGAAUUUCGAGAAAUUGCAGCCUCUCUUUGCACCCGUGACUCUUCCUUGUCCUUUGAUGAUUUGCACGAUCGGCUGGUCGCACAUGAGGAGAGCUUGAAAAGAGAUGAACUCCAGCUUGAUUUUGUUCCAGCCAUUACUCAUUAUGCUGCUAUCCUUGGUAUGAUGAAUUCUUCCUUUUUACAUGCUAGUCUGCAUCCCUCGGUGCACACUUUCUAGUGUCAAUCGUAGUCUUCCUAGCAACAAUUCCAUGGGAAAUGUGGGUCUAGUUCACCAUCUAGGCCCAAUCAGUUUUGACACCUCAACCCAAGCCUACAAAAUCAGAGCAGGCCCACUGGCUCCACUUGUCAACUUUGUCGCUGUGCUAAGCACUUCACUAAUAACUGUCCCAAUUUUUG